GGAGCGCGGCGGCAGCGACCCCCGGACCGCGCAGCGCCGCACGGGCGGCCCCGCCACCGCCACGGCCCUCCCGCCGGGCCCGCCCGCCGGGGCCAUGAGGACCGGCUCGCGGCUGCUGCUGGUGCUGCUCCUUCCCAUCUGGGGCUCGGCGGCGGCACACAAUGGGGAUCUUACAGUUAGACCCACAUGCAAGCCUGGCUUUUCAGAAGAAGACUACACAGCAUUUGUCUCCCCAAACAUUAUGGAAGGACAGAAGUUACUCAAAGUAAAAUUUAAUAACUGUGCGGGUAACAAGGGGGUUCGGUAUGAAACCAACAUCCUGGACUUCAAGGUGAGAGCAGAUGGAACCAUGUAUGCUGUCCACCAGCUGCAAAUGCCCUCAAAGCAGCUGAUCCUGAUGGUGACUGCGUGGGAUCCCCAGAGCCUGGGCAGAUGGGAAGUGAUUGUCAGGGUUCUGGUGGCAGAGAAGUCGCAACACAACGGACACAAGCCAAAAGGAAGGAAGACUGUGCCUGGAGAAGUGGCACAGCAGCAAAGUGACACUCUGCUCCCCUGGCGCCAGCAGCAGAGCGCCCACGGCCUGCGGCGCCAGAAGCGAGACUGGGUCAUCCCACCCAUCAAUGUGCCAGAAAACUCCAGAGGACCCUUUCCACAGCAGCUGGUUCGGAUUCGUUCCGAUAAGGACAAAGAGAUCCAUAUCAGAUACAGCAUCACUGGAGUGGGAGCUGACCAGCCACCAAUGGAAGUCUUCAACAUUGACCCUGUGUCUGGCAGGAUGUAUGUGACUCGCCCAAUGGACAGGGAAGAAAGAGCUUCCUACCACCUCCGAGCUCAUGCGGUGGAUAUGAAUGGAAACAAGGUGGAGAAUCCUAUUGACCUUUACAUCUAUGUGAUUGAUAUGAAUGACAACAGACCGGAGUUUAUAAACCAAGUCUAUAAUGGCUCUGUUGAUGAAGGCUCUAAACCAGGUACCUACGUGAUGACAGUGACAGCAAAUGAUGCAGAUGAUGGUACCACAGCAAACGGGAUGGUGAGAUACCGAAUCGUGACUCAGACCCCGCAGAGCCCAUCACAAAAUAUGUUCACUAUUAACAGCGAGACAGGAGACAUUGUCACUGUGGCUGCUGGACUUGACAGAGAGAAAGUUCAGCAGUAUAUAGUCAUUAUUCAAGCCACAGAUAUGGAAGGAAAUCUUAACUAUGGUCUCUCAAACACGGCAACCGCGAUCAUUACGGUGACUGAUGUGAAUGACAACCCCCCCGAAUUCACUACCAGCACUUAUUCAGGGGAAGUUCCUGAGAACAGAGUGGAGGUUGUGGUGGCAAAUCUGACAGUGAUGGACCGGGACCAGCCACACUCCCCCAACUGGAAUGCCAUCUACCGCAUCAUCAGCGGAGACCCCUCCGGCCACUUCACCAUCCGGACAGACCCCGUCACCAACGAGGGCAUGGUCACUGUUGUGAAGGCAGUCGAUUACGAGAUGAACAGAGCUUUCAUGCUGACAGUGAUGGUAUCAAACCAAGCUCCCCUGGCCAGUGGCAUCCAGAUGUCCUUCCAGUCGACAGCAGGAGUCACCAUUUCAGUCACAGAUGUUAACGAAGCUCCGUAUUUCCCGACAAACCACAAGUUAAUCAGGCUGGAGGAGGGGGUGCCUACAGGGACAGUCCUGACAACGUUUUCAGCAGUGGAUCCUGAUCGCUUCAUGCAGCAGGCAGUAAGAUACUCUAAGCUGUCAGAUCCUGCAAACUGGCUGAACAUUAAUGCCACAAAUGGUCAGAUCACUACUGCUGCUGUCCUUGAUCGAGAGUCAGACUACAUUAAGAAUAAUGUCUACGAGGCCACAUUCUUGGCGGCUGACAACGGUAUCCCCCCUGCCAGCGGCACGGGCACUCUGCAGAUCUACCUCAUCGACAUCAACGAUAAUGCUCCUGAGCUCCUGCCAAAGGAGGCACAGAUCUGUGAAAAGCCAAACCUGAAUGUCAUCAACAUAACAGCCGCCGACGCUGACAUCGAUCCAAACGUUGGGCCCUUUGUCUUCGAGCUGCCAAGUGUGCCAUCUGCAGUGAGGAAGAACUGGACCAUAACACGGCUGAAUGGUGAUUAUGCCCAGCUUAGUCUACGAAUCAUGUACCUGGAAGCUGGUGUGUAUGACGUGCCAAUCAUCGUGACAGACUCGGGAAACCCCCCAUUGUACAACACCUCUGUCAUCAAGGUGAAGGUGUGCCCGUGUGACGAGAACGGCGACUGCACCACCAUCGGGGCGGUGGCCGCGGCGGGGCUGGGCACUGGUGCCAUCAUCGCCAUCCUGAUCUGCAUCAUCAUCUUGCUGACCAUGGUUCUGCUGUUUGUGGUGUGGAUGAAGCGCCGGGAGAAGGAACGCCACACCAAGCAGCUCCUGAUUGACCCUGAGGAUGAUGUCAGGGACAACAUUCUGAAGUACGACGAAGAGGGAGGUGGAGAGGAAGACCAGGAUUAUGAUUUAAGCCAGCUCCAACAGCCAGAGACCAUGGAUCACGUGCUGAACAAGACACCAGGAGUCCGAAGGGUGGAUGAAAGACCCAUUGGUGCUGAACCUCAGUAUCCUAUAAGACCAGUAAUCCCACAUCCAGGGGAUAUUGGUGACUUCAUCAAUGAGGGCCUGCGUGCAGCAGACAAUGACCCCACGGCCCCUCCCUACGAUUCCCUCCUGGUCUUUGACUACGAGGGCAGCGGCUCCACCGCCGGCUCCGUCAGCUCCCUCAACUCCUCCAGCUCCGGGGACCAGGACUACGACUACCUGAACGACUGGGGGCCCAGGUUCAAGAAACUGGCAGACAUGUAUGGAGGAGGGGAGGAAGAUUAAACUGACCUCACAUUAUUUAAAAUUAAAAAAAAAAAAAAGAAGGAGAAGAAGAACAAAAAAAACCCAACAAACAGUUAAAACAAACAAACCCACAGACGAUGUUAACAAAAAGAGCCGAUGCGGAAGCAAGAACUGUACAGAUGUGGCAGCUUUUUUAAUUAAUAUCCCCUGCUGACUGUAUUGUUAUUUUUAGUGGUGAUAUAGGAGAUUUUUUUUUUCCUUUUUUUUUCUUUCCUUUUUUUUUUUUUUUCCAGAAUAUUGAGCUGUCUCGCAUGAACACUUGUCUCUGCUGCAGGUUGUUUUUCUUUUUGUUGUGUUUUUUUGUUUGUUUCUUUAAUGUCAGCUGGGAUAUUGCUCGUUUAUCUGCUUUAUGACUAAAGAGAGUGAAAGGCACUCUGUCUUAACUUGAAUUUCUUAGAACAGAAGCACUGUUUUUAAAAUAUAUAUAUAUAUAUAUUUGAAAGUGCCUUUUGGUGCAUGUAUCAGAUUCCCUUCAAUCUCAGGAGUGAUGAAAACAAACAAACGACCAUCCUGGGCAGCACUCCCUGUGACCCUAAGCCAGUUCUAGCUGGGAAGGAGUUAAGAAAAAGGAACUGUGGAGAUUGUUUCUUUUUAGCCUUUUUUUUUUUUUUUAACUUUAAGGGAGUGACUCAUUCUGAGUGGAAGAGGAUGGGAGCUGGGAGGGGUGGAGGGAAGGUGUUUUGAGUCAAAAUCUUAACAGCCAUCUUUAAGCCUCAGCAGGUGGUGAACUAGUCAUCAUGUUGUAUAUAAUUCAGUGUUAUCAGAUGCAAAAUACAGACUAGGGACUCUGCAGGUACCUGGUCACACUCGAUGUAGCUGCAUAGAACUAUAGCAUCGACACAGCCUUUGGUUAUUGCAGAAAUCUCCCACAGCCCUUGCCUAAACCCUACAAAGUAAGUGGUGAAAUGACCAAAGGCCCAUUUGUUUGUUUUUAUGCUCUCGGUGUGUUUCGGCUCCCACAACCUCUUGAGUGCUGCCAGUCCCAGCUGGGUGAGAUGGUGAUCUCCCCCAGCUCCCAGGGGAGCAGGGCAGCCGAUGCUGUUCCCUGUCUCAGGCAGAGUUUUUGCCGUGGCCCCGCUCAAGGCCGGGGCAGUGCCAAGGGCAGGAACAGCUUAUCAGCACUUUUGCCAUCCGUAAGUAUGAAGUUAGUCUAGUACAGUAUUAAUGCCUCGGAGCAUUAGUAGCCAAAGCUCAACAACAUCGUGUAACUCAGCUAAUGUGUGUCCUUUCUCUUUUGAUGGGUAGGCGCUGCUAUCUGUAGUCAACAUGGUUUUUUUGGAGAAGAAGUGCAACGAGGGCCUAUUCAGUAUCUUGUGGUUAAUAUGCUCAAGCAUUGCCAAGUAAGCAAGAGGUUUUGCAGCAUCCAGGUGUAAUUCAACAUCAGUAUUAUAAAUGGUAGCAUACUACCUAGUUUAUAUGUAGGGUCAGUUUAACCAAUAACAGAUAGUUACUAGCUUUUUUUAUUACAUUUUUCCUUUACUGAUUUGGACUAGUGGGUUUAUGUCUAAUGUUUGUAAAAUGAUUUAGACUGCAUGGAUGUGUAAUAUAAACCACAUUUAAUGGAUUAUGAGCCACUUAAUUAAUGUGCUAUGAAAUCUUGGAUUACCUGUGUUUUAUAUUCUGCAGACGAUUUUGCAGUGGGUUCGCUAAAACUUGUAAAAGUGCUUAGAUAUAUUUUCAUUUAAAUCCAAGAACGUGCACAGUAUUGGAAGGUGAUUAUCCAGGGGAUAAUCACACUUUUUUUGAUAUCUUGAUUAAUUCUCAAGUUGAAUGCUAAGAAUUAAGGGGGGUUGGGGGCGGGGGGAGCGAGCGCAUGCACACGAGAGAGCGGGAGAGUGAGCAGACGAGAGCCUGCGGUGAUGAGUGGUCCUUUCGGAGGGUAUACUAGGCUGCAAGAUCGUCUCUAUAGAUUUUUGAAAUGCUCCUAGUGCAUUUUAUAUUUCAUUGUAUCAUAUUUUCUAUAAAAUGCCAUUUCUGUAAA